AUGUCAACCUCUACCAACCCACCUUUCGGUACCCCGCUCCUCCAAUAUUUUCCCUUCCCCUCCAACUAUCUCAACAUCAACCACGGCUCGUUUGGUGCCUAUCCCACCACAGUUCGAGAUGCGUUGCGGGAGUAUCAGCGACAGACUGAUGCUGAACCCGACAAUUUCAUCCGAUACAAGCUCCCAGAGUUGAUCGACUCAUCUCGCAGCGCAGCUGCGGAACUGAUCAAUGCCGACGUCGAUAAUGUGGUUCUCAUCCCCAAUGCUUCUACGGGCGUCAACACUGUCUUGCGCAACCUGUCGUAUAAGCCAGGGGACAAGAUUGUGUAUCUAGGCACGACGUAUGGUGCCUGCGAGAAGGCUGUGAUACAUCUAGUGGAUACAUAUGCCCCGGAAGGCGCGGUGGAGGGCAUCAAGGUGGAAGUAGAGUACCCGGUGUCGAGUGAUGAGAUCUUGCGGCGGUUUGAGGAGGCAAUCUCCCAGAAGGGGGUGCGUAUCGCUUUGUUCGAUACCAUUUCAAGCCUUCCGGCCCUCCGGUUACCGUUUGAGAAGAUGGUUGCUCUGUGCAAGAAGUACAACGUCCUCAGUCUGAUUGAUGGUGCUCAUUCUGUGGGAGCCAUUGAACUCGACAUGCGAAGCUUAGAUCCUGACUUCUUCGUUAGUAACUUGCACAAGUGGCUUUAUACCCCUCGCUCUUGCGCAGUCUUCCAUGUCCCUGCGCGAAAUCAUCAUCUUAUCAAAACAUCAUUCCCUACAUCCCACGGCUACCAACCCGAAGAACGCCCAGGACGGCCAAAAGUCCACAACCCCCUUCCAGCGAGCUCGAAGUCAGCAUUUGUACAGCUAUUCGACUUUGUCGGAACAAUAGAUUAUGCCCCUUUUCUAUGUGUCCCCGAAGCCAUCAAAUUCCGGAAAGAAAUCUGCGGCGGCGAGCAAAAGCUUUUGCAAUACAUCACCAAUCUUGCAAAACAAGGAGGAGAUCAUGUCGCUAGUAUUCUCGGAACCGAAGUCCUAGGUGAUGAGGAUCAGAGAAAGUCUCCAAUGGUCAUGGUCCGAUUACCCCUGACAUUCACGUCCGAGGAGAUUCAUCAGGGAAAACAGCAUCUGCUUCGUGAAAAGAUUGAAAGGGAGAUUUCAGAGAAGUAUGGAACCUGGAUUCCACUGAUUUACCAUGGAGGUCACAUGUUUGUGAGACUAAGUGGACAGGUCUAUUUGACCUUGGAGGAUUUUGAGAAAGCUGGUCAGAUUUUGUCCAAAGUAUGCAAAGCGCAGCAGAUGUCCAAGCUCUAG